AAAUACAACUAUGAUCUUGCGUGAAGUGACAAAGUCCGCCGAAUAAUACACUGUAGAUUGAGGCACCAUUUGCCAUUCUUUUUACUACAAAGCUAAAAUUAAUUCAUACUGACUUGGGACUCGUCUUUAAAGUUUUCAUUUCAAUUCUACCAGAUUUAUUACUUUUAAGUGGCCAAACAGAGGUUUGAUAGUUCGUCAGUGGUUACAGCAUCGCAAGAACUUAAUACACGGUGUGUAGAUUACACAUCGAGUAUAAUGUACCAGUGCGAUUCGUUGUAUGACCAAGAAGUUCCUCAUAUGUACCCACAGGUAAAAGAUUGCUUGGCUUUACGCACGUCAAACGCGGUUGAAUCUACUCACUUCGAUAUUAAAUUUAUUCUCAGCAGAUUUCACUACGUAACACAUAUCCCGAUCGCAGGUCUUGCAGUCCCGCAGAGAGAAUACGCGGACAAGGUGAAAAUCUUUCAAUAGACUCACAAGGUAAUUCCCUCUUCCAGUCUAUCACUAUGAUACUCGCUUCUCGUCUGCGAUGUUCUGUGGCGUCAAGGAAACUUCCUCAACAAGGAACGCUGUUUUAUUUUUUUUUUUUUCUUGUUAGAAUUGUUUCAAGAUCUGUGUCAAAUGCAAGAGCAUUGGAUGAUUGAAGGUAUUAAAAGUAACGUAUGAUUUUACGUGAAGUUUGCGGUGACUCGGAGAUAAUUUUAUUACCGUUGAGCAUGAAACAUACUAAAUAAUUGAUGAAAAACCGCCGAAUUCAUUAAACUUAGAUUUUAGUGGCAAAAACGUUUAAUUUUCUUUUGUUUUUGUGUGUUUGGCCUUUUCAGCUCGUCCCUACCAACCCAACACAACGGAUGAACAGUUCGUUCCAGAGAUUGAAGGAAGCUCGACAAAUCUGAAAUCAGAAGGUAGCUGUCAAAGUAGAAUGUAGAGUUACCUCAAAAAAUAUUUUGUGCAAAUUAAAUGUACGUUUUUGAGUAAGCAACAGGUAUAGGGAAGGAACAAGUUAAGAAAUACCUCAAUCAUAACCCUGCAUGCGUUUUCCCUCGUUUCCAAGGCUUGGAUAGCUGGAGAAUUUUUUACACGCAACUCGUCUGAGAAGUUGUUAGAUGAACGUUAAUUAAGUAGAAUUUUGACGGUAAACACGUGCUAUACUUUCGAUUUCUAGCCACUGAAAUGGCUAGGCAAUUAGCGUUAUCUUUGAUAGCUCUUCGACCCUAAAUUUUUGCCUCGGGGUUUAUUUAUACAUUUGCCUUAAAACACCGCUGUAAUGUAGCGAUGCUCAUAAAUUUUUUUGCGUCUCUCACUGGAGUACAGCCUUUAAAAGCCGCAUCAAAGGAUCCGCGCCGAUAAAUGGCCUUAAAUAUCCAUGAAUAUUUUCAAGGUCUCUAUUUGUCAAAGAUGAGGUUAAAUAACCGUUUUUCUCUUGUUUUCUAGUGGGGCUUGCGUCGUGGGUAUAAUACAAACGCCGCGCGUAUUAUUUUGCCAACAAAAGUUGUACAUUUGUCCUUGUUUUGCUUGGUCAACCCCAUCCCAUUUUUUCAUUAUGUAAAUAAGGCAUUCUUUUUUUGUUUAGGCCAUUCAUAACGUUAGUUUUGUUUUUAAAAUGAAUAGGCAUUUUUGUCUAGAGGUAUAUUUUCCCUCGUUUUGUAGGCAGCUAUGCCAUACAGAUUAAGUCGGAGCCCCGUGAGCGCGCCUGCCAGGAAAGUGAACAACACAGACGCACAACCUUCGAGAAGCAAGUGAAGAUGGACAAGACCAGCGACAGUUCCUCCUAUAUGAGACUGAUAAGUGAAAACCAUGCUUCAAGCAGUUCUCCUCUUGUGUACACCUGCUCGACACAGCCUUCAAGUUUUCACUGCAUGAAGGGUUACAGACAGCUCGCAGCAGCGUAUGAAAGUUCCCCGUUCGAAUCUUCGCCGACUAGCUAUCCCACAAUCAAGCAAGAACCAAUUGAUUAUACAACUUGUGAAAAUCCCUACGAACAAGGUUAGCUGUGCACUAUAAAAAAAAUAUUUCCUUUAGUAUCAUAAGUUUUGUUUUUUAAUGAUUUAAGAACUUUCACUUGAAUUACCUACAAUUUUUUAAUAUUAUCAAAAGUUGCUAUUUUUCUAUCUGUUGUCUGAUUAAUUUACAAUAAUUUUUUUUCGCUUUCUCCUUCAGUUUCUUUCUUGGAGAUAAUAAAAUCAACUCCACUUUUUUCUAGCGCUAAUUUAAUUUUUUUCCUCACUUGAAAUGUACACUUGUUGAGAGAAACACUUUUGUUGGCCUGUAUCACAUUUUAUUUAAUAUCUUUCCCCCACUGACAAACGUAAAGAAAUUUUUAAAUUCUCGACCACCUAUUGCCAGUUAAUUCUUUUCCACUCAUUUAGGAAUGAAAUUUUUAUGAACAGUGAAAAAUAUAUUUUAAUAAGCUCUUUCUGCUAUCUUUACGGCAAUUACUACAGUUUUUCAAACUGAAUUCCCCGGGAAGAUUAACAGCGUGCUUAAGUUGUCACGUGGAGUCGAGAAAACUGCUAAAAUCGGCUAGCUGUUCACGUUUUUUGUGAAAACUGUUAGUUGACGAACAUGUUGUAAACUUUUUAGGGUUUGCUCUUUUGUUUUGGCUCUUUGAUAAAGUAUACAUAUUUGUGUGAUGAAAGCACUAAUGAAUCUUAUGCUCUGAGCUGAAAUUUUCACCAUUUAAUUUCGUUCUUUUUUCUUCAUUUUUUUUCCCUUUUUUUAACAGAACGCUUACAGAACUUCGCGACUUUUCACCAUCAAACACAUCAACAAGCCGAAUGUUACGGAUUACCAACAUCUUCAAGCGAAGGUAUAUCAGUAUAGUUUUUUCCAUUGUGAAAUAGCACUCGGUGAAUUGUUUUUCAUUCUAAUUAGACAGUUUGAUAGCCCACACAUUAUGAAUAUUCAUAGAGCUUUGAUUUUAUGAUAGAAAAUGUUGAAAUUAAUUUUAAUUGUUAUGGAGUGAACUGAACACAAUAUCUCGAAUUUGCCAGGCAGAUGUUUUUUGGGGGGAUGAUUGGAGCAUCACUUUAAUAUUUUCUCGGCAAACACAUAUGAACUGUCACAGAUCUAGGCCAGAUGCUUCUUAUUUUUCCCAAUUAGUUCUCUGCGCUUUUUUCUUUAGUUUUCUUGCCUUGUCUCUUUCUUACUUCAAUCUGUUUGAUUUCCAACGGAAAUUUAGGUCUUUUUUCUUCUUGUUUUGCAUUCGUCCUUGUUUUGUGUGAGUUAUGAUGCUUGUCUCCCACUUAAAAUUCUCAACAAAAAAAAUACGCACUAAUUGAGGUAAAACAUUUUUCAAAAGUCUUAAGAAUAUCCUGUAGUUUACAUUUGAAAUGAUGCUUAGGUUAGUCCAAAGAUUCACCCCCUUAAUACUGUUUCUUUAAUUCACUCUGCCCCUAAGACCUCAAUCCAAGUUUGCUACUCAGAUUUCACACAGUCGAUGCCCUUGUUUGCAUAUUAUAUUUUUCUAAUUAAAUUAUACCUUGACAUCGGAAGAUGCAGCAGGGCAUUUUAAGCCUUGAAGCAUGGUAAAAUAUGAUAGGUCUUUUCCAAACUUUUUAAAAUUAGUUUAGUUUUUGAGGGCCAUUUAACCGACAUUGUCAAAAGUAAUUUAAUUUGCUCGGUGCAAGGCAGUCGUUUAAAUUCACAAUUACGGGGCAGGUGUACUUCUUGUUGAAUAGGGUAAAAUUUCGCCUGAUUAUCGUUUUAGGGCUCUUUUCCUCCGAAUAUCUUUUGAAUACGCACAAAAAAAAUUCCCUCUUACCGGCUGGAAAUUAGUGGCAAAAGUGGUAUACACGACCUUUUAAUUUCCCAAUUGCGCUCAAAUGAGGAAAAAUAGAUUUGUCCCUCUUUUAACGAUCGCGAAGCCUGUACAAAAAAGAGCAUUGCGGAUUAAAUGAAAUAACAACACUUUCCUAUCUUUACUGUAUUAAUUUUUAUUCCACAAUAAAAGAGGUUGUGUUGGUGUUUGGAAGGGAAUUUAUGAGUUGCGCUUGUUGGCGUUAACUUUAAAGACAGUUCUUGAAGAGAAUUCUGCGCACGUCCGCGAGAAAGCAUUAAUGAAGGGUUUCGAAUGAUUUCGAUCUUGAGCGAUCACGAGAAAUCAAAAACAGAGAAAUAGUGGACAAUUUGACGGGUCUACUUUUUUGUCCUUGUGCAUGCGAUUUUCAGCUCUUUACAUCCAGUUAAUUAAAUAAGUAGAUAGUUUGGCUCGAUCAUAGCUAAAUGAAACACUUUCCUCAGAACUCAAUAAGUCGUAGUUUAAAAAGUGUCAAUUGAAUUUGUCCUUUCACGGUGAACACUGCUAUAUAGAAAGUGUAGAUCUACCGUGAAGAUGAUAAUGAAUCGUGUGCUUUGAUGUACAAAAAAAGAACUUUUGCAUACAAAACACUGUCAAUAUAUUUCACGAUCUGCAAACGUGAAGAAAAGAAGUGCCAUAUCUCUGUUAAAUUCAAUCCGUCAAAUAUCGGAAAACCUUCGGGCGCAAUAAGAUCACCUGGCUUGCCUUGAAAACGCUUCGUUUGAAAGUCUUGAAGAGAGACAGAUCCUCCUCGUUAUGAAAUAAAAACUUCUAUAAUUCCUCUUCAAAACAAUGUUAGGGUAAUUUUGCGGACCUCUGUUGUUAAUCAUCGUAGCAUGCUGUGAACCCCUCGCCAAGAGCGGCAGAAUUUUGCUUGCCAAAUUGAGGCAAUACUUCACGGCUUUCCAUCACUCUUUCCCAAGAACUGCUUGAUCUUUUGACUUCCCUUGCAUGGGAUUUCUGCUCUCAAAAGCAUGAAUGAAUAAAGGCUUUCCAAAAAUUCAUAUUCUUCUGUAGAUUUGUUUUCAAAAGAGCCAUUUUAGUCGCUGGAAAAACGACGCUUCCACUAGUUUGUUGCAAUUUGUUUUGACGAUCGCUCCGCUAUACAAAAACUUAUGUGAGUGCAAAGUUUUCUCCGCUUACAACGAAAUUUUUGUUUUAACGAGAAAAUUCUCUUGAAAAAUGUUCAAGGUCUUGAAAUACAUAAGAAUAUUGGAAUAAAGAGGAAGAGAAGCCUCAAUUUAUACCAAAGACAGGAUAUUUACCAUGGCAAACGGGAAGCAAUGUGUCAACAAGAAAGGGCGGAAACGAUUUGAGAUUUAAGAGUCUAUACUUUAAAACACUCCGAAAAGUGGAAACGGUUUAAUUUUUGCUCCUUUCUUUGAAACUAAAAGAGACUGGCGACAUUACAAGCUCGAGAUUUUUGUAUUAACAGGGUAAUCUUCUUCUUUUGAAGAAUAACGAGCAAAGGAUGAGUUUAUAAUCCGCGCUCGAAUCAAGUUGAGCGCGAUAUUUGGCGGACAUUCCUGGGCGAUUUGUAGCUCCUAGGCGACAAGGUCUUUUCCUUUCCUGUUUAAACUUUUCUGUUAUCGAACGGACGUACGUAAUGUUAAAUCCGCUUGGCAUGAAAAAUAUUGUAAUGCUAGUGACAAAGUGGUAUUUAAUAUGGAAAGUUUAGUAAAUGAUAUCUAGCCCCUUUAUCCUCGGCUCACGAGAGAUCCGCGAUGUCCCUUUGAUCAAAACACUGACUAUUUGUCGUUUAUUUGAGCUAAAAUACGACCGGACAUGACUAAAAAACAAAAAUUCAACCUGUGCUUACGAGUUACCGAAUAAUAAGUCUCCGGUAUUUAAAAAUGUUGCAUUCAUCUAGCGUGCCAAAGUCGGGAUGUACGGCAUUAAGAUGGCUUACACUCAGCUAUUCGGUCAGUUUUUUUUCCCUUCUUCUUGCUUGAUUUUGGUGUAAUAACAGUGCAGGGAGGGUGUCGUUAUUUUAUUUUAUUAUUUUUUUUAAAGGGAAAUAUUCUUUGUGAUCUUUGUCUUAAUCUAAAAUUGAAUUAUUUCCAAAUAGCGCCGUAAAUUUACUUUUUUUUUUUUUCUAUGCUCUGUUUCUAGCUGCUGUUUACGACCCAAACGUGCACUCGUUUUACGACGAGCCAUUAGCGUAUACAGAUAGAUAUCACAAAUACCCGGACUUCAAAGAUCACAAGACAAGUUACAGAGACGGUGAGUUAAAAAAACGCAAAUUUUCUCUCUUUUUCUUCGGUGGAAGUUUACUCACUUGUGAUCGGAGAAAUUCAUUUUCCCAUGCCUAUAGCUGUGUAUUUGAAAUAAAGUUUGUUUCGCAGCAUUUUCUAUCGCUUUUUUCUUUAAAAAUGACGCUAAACUGAGCAUCAACGUACAUGAGAAAAUAUUUGUAAAACUACUUCAGUAAGCGGAAGAAUACUGCUCGUCAAAUUAAUACGAUUAAUACAGCUCAACUCCAUCUGACAACAAAAUAUAUUCGGCAUAUCACACAGCGUCUUAUAUCUAGCAUCUAUAUUUCUCUAUUAUUACCCCAUGUCAAAAAUGAGAGGAGAAAAAAACCAUCUAAACGUUGUUUAACACCUGUCGCUCCACACACGCGCCGAUAAAAAAGAAGUAUUUUAAAAGGGAACGGUUCCUCGUUUAGUUUCCCAAAAGUUUAUAGCAUUAGCGGUGUUUUUGUGUACAAGGGCCUUUCCAAGGUGUUGAAUUCUACUUUAAACUGAUAUUUAAUGAUAAGCCCGUGAAGUCUGACAAAAUUCCAUAUACAGUGCUGAUAAAUCGCGAUAUGAAACACGCUUUAAAAGCUGACUUGCUAUCUAUCAUCCGCGGCCCUAAUUACUGUCAAUGGCAUAAAAACAGCAAGCGACCCUACGCAAAUUGAAAAAGAUGCGCUUCGAACGCAGUUCAGAUAUUUAUCAGCCACUUUGCCAUUACGCCGUCAUUAAACGAAGAGAACCGUUUUCCGGAUAAAAGUUACAAUGUAAUCUUUGCUUAACCAUUCUUUUUUCUCGAUCAAUUUUUGCCCAAAGAAUGAGGCUUUAAGAAAGUGCACCUAGCCGCUAACAUUUAAUUGCUUAAAUUGGUCGAAAAUUCGCCUCCUUUGCGAUUCUAUAUCAUCAAUUAAUUCCAGGAAGUUUUCUUGCCGAUUAAGACAUAAAUAUUCUUGAAAAGGACGAGUUUCUCUGCAAGAGAUGUUCAACUAGAUCGCUAAGCUUUAUGGCAAACAAGAUUUCAAAAUGGGAGUGCGAAGCCAAUUUUAAAGGCCCGGAUGUUACUCAGCACUUGAAACAGUGAGACGAGACAAUAAAUACCAAAUCAGCUAGGUUUGUGUGAAUACGUUUUUGUCCAAAAAACAGUGGGGAACGCGAUGUUUUUCUUAAUCAGAUUCCGCGUUUUUUCUAGAAAGCAUCGCCUCUUUGCUCUUUUUUUUCUCUUUUUUUUUGAAUAAUUAGAAGGUAAAUUACUUUUAGGGAAAUUAAACACGGUGACGCCAAACUUCUCUCAAGUCGUCACAAAUGUCAAAACCAUUUGAUUUGUAUUUCAGUUAAGGAAACUUUGUCCGUCGCAAGAUUAAUUUUCAUCUUUUAUUUGUUAUUUUCGUUUUGUAACUUAAUUAAAACGUGAAAUGCAAACGUUUUCGCUCGCAGGGAUCACCCACCGAUUGCUAAAUUAACCCACACGCGAAGAACGCAAUUUUACAAAAUUGCCCGUGAAACUUUGGACGUAGCGAUAAAAAAAUCACUUACUCGCUAUAUUAUGCAAACAGAACGUCUUUAUGCUCCACACAAAUGCGUCAUCUGCCGCGUUGAAGUUUCUUAAUCACGAGUCUAAGUGUUUUGAAUAUCAAUGGCUGAGUGAAGAACCAUUUCAUAUCUUCGGGCGCACGUCUGUCAAGUAUUUCCAGCUAAUGGCGUUUUCUUGUAAUUAAUAACGUUUCGUCCUAUUUUCUAUAUGAUAAGCUCUAGAAAUUCUGGACCAAUUCGCAUAAACAUGACUUUUCGCUGCUCUUAGCUUUUAACUCGUUUCCACAUAUGAACAACAGCUGAAAUGCAGCUCCUCUUUUGUGAGAAUUUUUUAAUUUGCCUCUCACGUCUUUCGGAUCUACGCACUUUUUCGGUUUUUUUUCGGUUUAAGGUAAUACAAUCGACUUAAAAAAUUCCAAACUACAAAAUAUACUUUAAGUAUUUAUUAAAUUUAAUGUAACAAAAAAUAACUACGUAUAGCUGUUGUAAAAAGCGCCGUUUAUGUUCAAUAUUUUGAGGAAAUAAAGAUUUGAAAAAGGCUGGUGAUGUUUCGAAGGAAGGUAUUUCAAUAAAGAAGUGAGAUUGUUGUAUCAUUCUAUUUGCCACAAAACUUACAGUAGCCUAGCACCGGGCAUUUACAGAAUGGUCUGUCAUGAUACAUGCAGAAAAAGUAGGAGGAGUUUGGCCAUAAAAAAUGCUCACGGUAAAAAUUAGCGUUCUAAGAGACUAAGAAAAAAGAGGGGAGAAAAAGAAGUGUGUAAGGAGAACAAGUAUCUGCCGAUUCUUUUUACCAUUUCUGUUUUUCAAGCAAUGUUAUCCGUAUUGAGGUAAAUAAAAGCCAUCGAAAUGUAAGUUUUAAAAAAGGAGCAUUUACAUAAAGAAAUGAAAUGAAGUUUCGUCUGGUAAUAAAGCCUGAAGUCGGCGAGAAGAAUUCAAACUAUAUGCUACUACAAAAUUGUGAGUAGGGCAUCGAGAAACUGCACGGCGAUUAAAGCACUGAGGACUUACAGCAUGAAAUGUUUAUAAAAUUCGUUAAAAUAGAAGCAGGGACUUUGUUUCCUUCUAGAAUGUUUUCUAUGCAUGGGUGUGUCAAAAGAACGAUUUUAUCACGAAAAUCAUCAGAUGACGUUUAAACAGCGCACUUUGUUAAUGCAAUUCUCUAUACCUGGUAUACAAUAUGUCGUGCUUCUUAAACGAAGCACCAGCUUUCCAAAAACAUUAGUGCAAACGUCCGGAUGCGAAAAUAGGAAAUAACGGCAAAUGUUUUGCCUCAUUGUUUCGGGACAAUCACGGCAUUCAGCGCUUAGUUUUAUCCCCGCAUCACUUUAAGUCUACUACCCGGGAGGGGGAAGAAUGACCACUUCCCCCCCCCCCUCAAAGUUUUCGCUUUAACUUCUAGUUGUUUAUUUCUUUCCUUGGUUGCUAAGUGUCGAGAAGCCUAGCAACAUUUUUGACUAGGCUGGGUUGACGGUUAAAUUUUCGGCCUUUUGACGGCUGACAGUGAAACCCAUUCAGACCAUCCUAGACACCCAUGGGCAGUGAGUCGGGCAGGGAGAAAAAGCUCGACGAAAGUUUUCAACAACAACAACAAGCUUUAUUUGCAGGACCGUACAAGUACAUACAGCAUUGCAAAAGCUACUUAUAAUUAUGUUUUAAAACUAAGAACUAAAAUUUAAUCACCGGACAAUUAAACUACUUUUUUAAUAAUUCGUCGCGAAAGUCAAAGCAAGCUGAAAUAUAUUUCAUGAUCUUUAAAUUAAAUCAGUUGAUUGAUCAAGACGUUGACAGGUAACUGGGGAAUAUUUGGAAUUUCGAGCACGGGCGGAAGAGCUCCUGAAUACCGACUCUCACCGGACCAUUUCCAAACGGUCAAGCGAAUGCUGGCUCCUGAUUGGGCACAAAAAAUGCUUUGUAUUAAUGUGCCCAAUCGGCGAACAGCAUGUCUUGAGUUCUUUUCAUGUGUUCCUACACCACGGCUAUUGUGCUUGAUAGGGUACCCAGGGGCUCUUCCGCCUGUGCUUGAAAACUUCGACACGCCUUUUCUCCCGGCGCGACUGACUGUCCCUGGGUCUUCGAGGAUGCAUUGAGACCUUCUAUAUGUUAAUUGAAAUAGAGAGGAGAAGUUGUUACGUCACGUUUCCAAGGUAGCAAAAUUUUGGGGAGAAAACAAACCGAAAACGUCACUUACAAAGUGAAUUCGCACAGCUUCAAACUUUCAUCGAUCUUAUUCAGUUUCAAUUAAUUUGGCAAAUGUUGGCGAAAUUUUCUCGGGUUGAAUCCGAAAGGACAGUGUCUAAGUUUAGAAAAGGAAAAAGACAACUUUUGUGCUGCGUUCGACGACUUCAUUAAGCGAGGGUGUGAAAUCAGGAAUUUUCAUGUCGCAGGGGUGCAACGACGGCAAACAAAUGUACAAAAUAGGGUGAUGCACGUGCAAAUUUGUUGUUUUGUCAAUAAAAACUUUUUACUUUUUUGACGUUCUCUUUCCGUCGCCGUCGUCGUUGGUUUUGCUGUCAUACAGAAAUAGUGCUACCAUGGUAACAAGGACAGAUUUAACGAACACAGACGUGCAGUCGACAAAACUAACAUUAAAUCUAAACCCACUUCUGUUUCUGAACACUUUCUCUUUCACUCUAACCAUUCUCAUACUGACAUGCAGCUAAUCCCACUAGAGAAAAUUCAUUCUUCACGUUACUCAGUUCGUAAGGCCAGGGAGUCGCAUUUGAUAGAUAAGGCCAUGAGUGUUGAACCUAAACGACCGUGACAAAUUAUUGUAAUCCAUAUCCUUAGUAUUUUUCCUUUCCACUUUUUGUGUUGUACGUCAUUUCCGCCUCUCCCUUUCAAACAAUGUUUAUUGCGACAUUCUCCAUCUAUAUAAUAUUGUGAUUGCUACAUAAGUUCAGAAACAUCUGUGAACCUGAAGAAGGCUGGAAUGGCCAGCCGAAAUAUUGUUAUGAAUCAGCUUUGCAGUAGUCUUUUGGACUUCUCGUUUUUGAUUCUUUAUAUUUUGGCUAAUUAGAUCUCUUUUCUAGAGAUCUAACGUUUACAACUAGCAGGGUCUUCGUCCACGGUUUUUGCAGUCAAUUUAAUCCUUUAUUAUUGCUACCAUGGUGACGUGACGUCAUACUUCUCCUCUCUAUACCGCUUUGAGGAUGUUUUUCUUCCAUUCAUGGCCAGCUUACAAGCUGGGCAGCAGUGCUUCACUGCUCUUUGUUUCUUUUCAAUUUUGUUUUAGGCCUAAAUGAUAUUUUGCUUUAAAAAUUCAGUUGACCGCACCACCCGACCUGACCAACUAAAGCAUCGUUAAAUACAAUUAAUUAAAUGCUUUCGGACUCCCACCUGGUUUUAAAGAAAAAAAAAACAAAUUUUAGUUUUUCCAUGAAAACGAAAAAAGGCUCCAGUUUGAAAAUGCGUAGCCAGAGAAAACAGCCGAUAUUUUGCGACACCACCACUGGCUUCUUCGCGAAAUGACGUCUGAGAUUCCAUACAUAUGAUGCAUCACUACAAAGAUCUGGGUAGUGCUUCUGAUUGGUUGAAGCAAAUUUCCCAUGCAGCACGACCAAUCAGAAGCACUGCUCAGAUCUUGGUAGAGACACGUCAUAAGCAUGGAAUUUCUUUGCUCGUUUCUCAGACGUCAUUUCGAGGUUUAGUCUCGACAUGUCAGUUGUUUACUCAAGCUUCAUGUUUUUAGAACUUUCUCUUUCGCUCUUAUGAAUUCAACAAAUUUGGGGACCGUCCAGAUUCUGCAAAAUUACCGUUUUCACUGGUGAUAGGUAUUCUUUACGAAAUUACCGCUUAAGUGACCCUACUGUAACGUACUGUUCAAAGAAAUCGCAUUUAGUAAAAAAUGUUGCUGAUAUUUUUUAAUGAAAUUUCUGGUAUCGGAUAUAUUAAUAGGUUUCCCGAAAAAAAUUAAGAGAAAUCUUUGGAGCAGAAGUCCGUAAUUGGAAAGUCCUUGAAACUUCAGCUGUGAAAUUGUUUUGAAAAUUUCGAAAAUUUCCGGUGAGGGUAAAAGGCGGAGUGAGUUUGCGGAAUGGCAUGUGGCACGGCUUGCCGAAUAACAUAAUUAUGCGGAAUGUAAAAUAUGGAAAAUGGCGCAAAGAAAUAAAUUAAACUGAAAAACAUGCGUUCGUCUUUACCGCGCCUUUUUUGGCGCCAAUUUGAGUGAGCAACGUUUUUGCUGGUCCAUUUAUUACUGCUGGCUUAAACCAACAAGUCAGAGCAGAAACUAGCGAUAAGCUUUACUGCAUUCGUGUCUAUGUAACACUUAAUUUAUUUUUGUUGCUUUCGACAAUAGUUUCUCUCUUUCUGCCCACAAAUGUAACAAAGUCAUUUUUUUCAAAACGCUAGAGGGAAAAGAACGGUUGUUGAACGUGAAGUCGAGCUAGCUACAAUUCUAGGGAUUAUUAAUUACUACGGUGAACAGAUCAGAUCAUAUUUAAGACUAAAUGAACGCCCCGAGUCAAACACUAAUCUGUAAUCCAGAAAUCGAGUGAAGCGGACUGCUCUCUGUCUCCUUCGGCCUUUCCGCAUGUCUUCGCUCCUUCCUUGUUUGUGUAAGUGUGUGCGUUUGAUCGUGAAAUGAAAUUGAUCUUAAACGGUAGGAAGGGGGAAAAAAAAGAAAAAAAGACACAUACUCAAUUGCCAGGAUUCAAACUCGCCCUUUUCCGCCAGCUGUUAGCUUCGCGUGCCGGAAACUUAACCAAGCAGCUAAGGAAACCAAAUACAAGAUCCGUUUUCAUCUCUGAAUAUUAUGUCACGAUCACGUAACCCACCGUCUGAAAAAGAAGCACUGCUCACGCGGUUGCAAAUACAAAUAUAGGUAAAAGGAAACUGUAAAGUUAAUCGUGCAAACAUCUUUUGCAGAAAAAAAUUAAUUAAGUAGAAGAGAGCGUUACCUUCCAAAACAUCUGUUCUUCAAUGGCUGACUUUCGUGCUGUAGUAUCGGUGCUGCCACGCAGCCCGACUCAUAAAGGACAUAAAGGCAAGAAGAAUCUUUGUGGCUGUGUGGAAAAGGCUAAUCGACAAUGAACCUUCUUGACAUUAAAACAGCGGCUGCGUUCGCAAAUUGAUUGGUGCCAAAAAGGACGCACUUUUCAGUUUAAUUUAUUUCCCUGGGUCAUUUUGCAUAUAUUACAUUCCACAUAAUUAAGUCAUUCCGCAAGCCAUGCCUACCCUCACCUGAAAAUGUCGACUCGUUCUGAAUUUGAACUAGCCACCAAUUCGAAAUCUAGAGACAAGUAAUAUUAAUGUUUGCUGAUUCUUAAAAAACAAAGUAGAUGGCUAAUCAUGCUGUUCUUUAAAAGGUACUAUAAAUUGACCACUCCAGAAAAUACCAUAACAUACCAUAAUGCUCUUUGUUUGUCACCACAAAAUUUUGCGUAAGCAUUGUAUUCUGUUUCUCUUGGGAGUUAAAACGGUCCCAAGAGAAACUGAAAACAAUGUUUAUGCAAAAUUUUGUGGUGACAAACAAAGAGCAUUAUGGUAUAUUAUGGUAUUUUUUAACCUUGCUCUGAAGUCGAAUGACUUGUUCCUUGACAUUCUUGAAAUAAUUUCCCUCAGCAAUUUUGGCUAAGAAACUCCUGCUAUACUUAUUUUCAUAUUUCAAUGUAUUGCAAUGCACCUGCACGGUUUCUUCUACCAGUAAAUUCACAUUAUUCCAUAUAAUUGCUGAAUUCAGUAUAUGCCGCAGCUCUUUUCAAAGUUUCGUAUUAUGACGAAAGGUUUGUCAUAGUUUGAUGUGCCUGUAUUGAUAACGGAGCGACUAUCAGACAAUGAAUAUUUUUCCCUAAGUUUUCUUCUUUCGUCCCGCUCUCUGGUGUUUGGAUCAUUCGCAACUUCUACGUCUCGUCCCUUUAUUCGGAAAAAAAAGCAACGACAAUUGACCAGUUUCAAAUUAAAAAUUACCGCUGAAUACAAGCAUUAACGACAGAUUCAUACAGGGUUAGCCUCGACUUAAAGUAACAUAUUCAGAAAUUCCGGCAAGUAAGUGUUUGAAAUUUGAAUAUAUACAAUAGACAGAGCAGUAAACAGGUCUUUUUCUCGUUGGAAUUGGUGAAUAUAUUUACUUCAGAUGGAGGCUAAGCCUGUAAAAAAUGUGUCUUCAUUUCUUUAAUUCAGCAGUCAUGACGAACUCGAAACUGGCGGACUAUUGAACUAACACACACAUAUAUCUUCUCUAACUUUUAGCUCCUGAAUUUAAAGUACCAAAUGGCGUCGCGUAUCCAGAACCAAGGGCCUUUCAAAGAAGGGGCUCAUUACAGCUUUGGCAGUUUCUAGUAGCCCUCUUAGACGAACCCGAAUGUUCCUCGUUUAUCGCGUGGACAGGGCGUGGAAUGGAGUUCAAACUUAUUGAUCCCGAGGAGGUGGCCCGGAGAUGGGGCAUUCAAAAGAACCGUCCAGCUAUGAAUUAUGACAAGCUUAGUCGUUCUCUUCGCUACUACUACGAGAAGGGAAUCAUGCAGAAGGUCGCCGGAGAGCGCUAUGUGUAUAAAUUUGUCUGCAGUCCCGAAGCUCUCUUCAGCAUGGCCUUUCCAGACUCGCAGAAACCGUACAUCAAACCUGAGUGCAGGGAACCUAAGCCCGUGAGCCCGCACGCAAGCCAGCAGCUUCUCCCCAUGCCGAAGGAAUCAUACCCUAAACCACCAUUCCCACAACAGCAUUACGUCACCCCCGCAGGAAGCUGCUACCAAGCAGAGUGGGACCUGGACACUACUUGUGUCUACUAGACACUAUUCCAUUUAUUAGCGUUAUAAAAGAAAAGAUGUUUUUACCGAUGAAAAACCCUAUAUUAGGUACAUGUCGGAGACACUCACUGCUGGAUAAAAGAGAGUAUGCUCCUUUAAUUCCAUGAAUGACUGAUCAAGGAUCGCUUUGAACACCAUUUAUCUCGUAAUCAAAUCUUUCCAAUAUCCCUCAAAAACCUGCUCUGCUAACUAUCAGUUUCUACAACAGAACGAUCAUGAUUUUGGUAAGGGCACCACGAAGCUAUCAGGAGGAGAUAUUUACUAAUCUUUCAUUAACGAAAUAAUAGAUGAAUGGUCCAACGUACCCACUUUAAAACUAAUAGCGGCUGUCAGGAGCCCAGCUGUGCCAAUUCACCACUUUAGGAACGAGAAGCGAACUAAACCAAAAUGCGACCCGCAAAUGUUUCUUGGAUUGUAACUGGGGACAAGCCGGUCAGCUAUUGGCCAGUUUUUUUUCUCUGUCCCUAGUUACAAUCCUAGAGGUCUUGGCGAAAGUUAACUCGGCCCAAUUCCCAGCUCGUUUCUAAAAUGGCGAAUGAAAAUCGAGGUAAGGUUUUUGGACAGCUUCAGGGCUCUAUGUUCGUUUGUCUUAAUUACUAAAACCACGGAGUUGCUUCAGCUUUGCUACGUACAUUAUAGCUUACUAUAUUAUAGUUGUUUUUUGCUGAAUGUGAUGAACUCUGAUUUGGCCUGCGAUAGGAGAGCACCAUAAACUGGUAAAAGCUUGAAACAAAAUUUAUGACAAAAUCAGAAAUUUUAUUUUACAAAAACAUGAAAAAUUAAACGUAUGCUGGGAGAGAACUACUGAAAAGUUUUCAUUUGAAUGGUAACACCACGAGACUUUGUUUUGGGGCUCACACGGGCCUUGGGGCUUCAUGGGAGAUUCUUUAUGUGUCUCGAAGUUAUCUAUGGAUUCUGUGUUAACGUACAAAGAAACGGAAGAAGAAACGUUAUCAGUUUCAGAAACAACUUUUAUGCAGAUAACUAGCCACAACGAAGUGGUAAAUAUGAUUUUCCGUGGUAGCAAUCAAGACACUUGAACACGCCGUGUCGAAAAUCAAAAUUCAAAGUUGUGAUUCAGAAAAAAAUUAUGUUGUAGAAUGUGAAGUAAACAAAGAAUACUUUUUCAAAAUUUGUGCUCUAUGUCCUUCAAUUAGAGUGUCGUCGUUUGGCUAGUUAUCUAUGCCAUAUGUGUGCCUGGAUCAGACUGUGAAGAGUUUUGAUUGUCCAGUUUAUUGCUUAUUGGCUAUGCUUUAUGUCGUGGCUUUAAUUGUUUUAAAGUCAAAAGAAUAGACAGGCAAUUAUUUUAUAUGUACAGCAGGCCUUUGUAAAGUUUUAUUGUUUGGCGAUAAAAAGAGUCUGCUGCAUAUUCACUUUCGUCACACCACAUUUCUACCCAGUAGAAGUAUUGCGUGACAUAAGAGGCAUUUCGUGACAAAAAUGCGUUGUUGUGAUGCUCAAAAACACGGUGGAGUAGGUUUCGGACCACGAUUAAUAUAUAUAAAACGAAAAUGAGAAAUAUGGAUACGGACGGUUGCACCGUUCGUGUUGUCUAUAUAUGUAACAAAGAUUGCUAUUGUUAUUAUCAUUAUUGUUGUUUAUAAUAUGUAAAAUACAUUUUGACUGAAUAUCUAUGAAAUUAAAUUUGUAAUAUUUGCGAGGCGAACUAGAAAGCUGGAUUAAAAAUUGGACAAAAAGG